GUCGCAAUUUGUUUCCUGGUCGACUUUUUGGGCAACUCUACAGUAACUCAAUCUCGACAGUUUUCCACGAGCAUUUGAUAAUCCUGUUUUCGAAUCACAUUCGACAUAAAAAAACACCACUUGACAACCAUGCGUGUUUCAUUCACGACCGGCGCAAGAGAUAUUUCUCGCCUUUGCACGAGAUGCCGGCAACAGGCGACAAUGGCCCGGCCAUCUGCGAUGUUGGCGGCUGCCAAUAGUUCACGAGCCGCGACACAUAUGCGGUGGUCUUCGGGACUUUCUACUAGUGCGAACCAGAAGCGAUGGAUCUCGGGAACUGUUCCCCUCUUCAGGCCAGCGGCGCCGGCACGGAGCAGCGAAACGACCGACUCGGGUUCACAAGAGAGCAAGCCUCGCAUGACGCACUACGAAUUCUUUCCCAUCACACUACCUGACGGCCCGCCGCCUAAGGGUCAUUUCCCCAUCGACCAGCGCGCCCUCCGCCGCGAGUUCCUCCGGCUGCAGGCCAAGGCGCACCCGGAUAUGCAUCCAGCGGAGCUCAAGGCGCGGGCGGAGGCGACGUCGGCGCGCAUCAACGAGGCGUACAAGACACUAUCGAACCCACUUCUGCGCGCGCAGUACCUGCUCUCACUGCGCGGCGUCGACGUGGCUAACGACGAGACGCUCAAGGUCGAAGACCCGGACCUGCUGAUGAUUGUACUCGAGGCGCGCGAAGAGAUUGAGGAGGCGGCAAGCGAGAGCGAGCUCGAAGGCCAGCGCGCGGCCAACGACGAGCGCAUACGCGAGAGCGAGGAGGUACUUGAGGAGGCCUUUCGGCACGACGACAUCGAGACGGCGAAGCGCGAGGCCGUAAAGCUCCGGUACUGGGUCAACAUUCAGGAAAGCUUGAACAACUGGGAAGCCGGGAAGCCGAUUGUUCUGCAACACUGAUAGAAGAGAGAGAGAGAGAGAGAGAGAGAGAGAGAGAGAGAGAGAAGGGCAGCCUUGUCCCUGUAUAGUAGGAGAAAAGCGCACAUAUGGGCUAGGAGGAUUUGGUUGUCAUCAUCAGCCGAUCGUGGGCCGAUAUUGUGAGAUACCCGGCAUUUUCAUAAUUCAUUAAUGCUUGUACAACACAUAUCUUUUCGACUCCACCAAUCCCUGUCAUACGAUGAAGGAAGUGGACAAAAUUGACGAAAUGGGGCGAGUCGUGUUUUGGCAAAAAUUCCCGGUCGACCAAACACAUCAUCCCCAAAACAGUCUAGCAUCUCCGUCAACCCAACUCUCUACUCUCCGAUCAUUCAACUGAGACGUCUCGUCGCUGGCCAGUCUUACUCUACCUGUUUGCUACGGAAAAUAUCGGCUGGAGCUCUUGAUCUCAUCACUGUCUUUAUAUGACUUCGUACCAGAGAGAAAAAACUCUGUCUCUAGUUGCCCUUUGCAAUGCAUCAACAGCGGACUCGUAUGAGUUCGAGUCUCUAUGGUUAUUGGCGAUGAAAGUGAGGAACUGUUAUGACUUUCAAUAUGGAUGAUGAAAUUCCUU